AUGGAAAGCAUUACUUCAACCAGGAUCAAGACUCGAUUUCUGAUAUUUUCGGACACACACGGACUCGACAGUGCGCCAGAAUCGGUAUUAAGUCAAUAUGCAGACGUCGCAAUUCACUGUGGUGAUCUCACCACAGAGUCAAAAUUAGACGAAUACAGAGCCUCUAUUCGACUCCUUCAGGCCGUGAAUGCCCCUCUCAAGCUCGUGAUAGCUGGGAACCACGACUUCACACUGGAUACACCCGCGUUCCAGAAAAAGGUGGAAGAGGCCCAGCCUCCCCUGGACCCCAAGUUGGUUGAAAAGGCAUAUGGCUGUCACGGAGAUGCUAGACGGAUGCUUGAUGAUGCUGCUGGUAUUACAUUUCUCGAUGAAGGCACCUACUCAUUUCAUCUACAGAACAGUGCAACUCUCAAUGUUUAUGCAAGUCCAUACACACCGAAACUUGGAAGCUGGGGCUUCCAGUACCACCCAAACCAUGCCCAUGAUUUUACUAUUCAUAAUGUCGAUAUCGCCAUAACACAUGGCCCGCCAAAAGGAAUCAUGGAUUACACUUUCUCCGGGGAGCGAGCAGGCUGCCCAUACCUUUUUGAGUCAAUUGCUCGAGCACGACCUCUAAUGCAUUGUUUUGGCCAUAUUCAUGAAGGGUGGGGUGCAAAACUUGUGACCUGGCGCCAGAAGCCUAGUGAGAAGCCUUCUCACCUGACUGACAUCGAUAAUGGAAAAUCAGUUUUGAUUGACAAGCUCUCUACUUUAAGUGACCAAAAAGUCCUUUCAACCACAAGUCAUUGCGCCGAGGAUCAAAAUCCAAUUCUAGCGGGCUCCCAAACACUCUUUGUCAAUGCGUCGAUCGAGGGGGCGAGGGAUCUUUCGACACAACCACCAUGGCUCGUUGAGCUUGAGCUUCCAGCCGCGAGAAAAUCCGUGACUUAG